CGCUGCGCCCUGGCCGUGGGCUGGUGCAUCGAGCUGUUCCAAGCCUUUUUCCUCGUGGCCGACGACAUCAUGGACGCGUCUCUCACCCGCCGGGGGCAGCUUUGCUGGUACAAGAAGGAGGGGAUUGGUCUGGAUGCCAUCAACGAUGCCUUCCUCCUGGAGUCCUCUGUCUACAGGCUGCUGAAGAAGUACUGUGGGCAGCGGCCCUAUUACCUGCAGCUGCUGGAGCUGUUCUUGCAGACUGCCUACCAGACUGAGCUUGGGCAGAUGCUGGACCUCAUAACUGCUCCUGUUUCCAAGGUGGAUUUGAAUCGCUUCAGUGAGCAGAGGUAUAAGGCAAUUGUUAAGUACAAGACAGCAUUUUAUUCCUUCUAUCUGCCUGUGGCUUCUGCCAUGUACAUGACUGGCAUUGACAGUAAAGAGGAGCACGACAAUGCCAAAGCAAUCUUGCUGGAGAUGGGCGAGUUCUUUCAGAUCCAGGACGAUUACCUGGACUGCUUUGGGGACCCAGAGCUGAUGGGGAAGGUUGGCACUGAUAUCCAGGACAACAAGUGUAGCUGGCUGGUGGUGGAGUGUCUGCGCCGGGUCACACCAGACCAGAGGAGGAUCCUGGAGGAGAACUAUGGCUGCAAGGAGCCCGAGAAGGUGGCAAAGGUGAAGGAGCUCUAUGAGACUGUGGGCAUGAGGGCUGCUUUUCAGGAGUAUGAGGAGAGCAGCUACCAGCGCCUGCAGGAGCUGAUCAGUCAGCACAGCAACCACCUCCCCAGGGACAUCUUUCUUAGCCUAGCUCAGAAGAUUUACAAGCGGCAGAAGUGA